AUGCGCAAGUCUUCACAUGAUUACUUUGGCCUGGCUUCGCAAAAAACAAAUAUUUCUCACGUUCUCCCUCUCGGAACCGUUUUCCAGACAAGAGAAGGGGUCCUCAGGAAACCACACUUGGUUCCAGUGACUUAUGAGUCCGUCGUCGAUGUGGCGCGCGCGAGCCGUGUCAUGCCGCGUUUGCUAAAAGCUGUCGUGGGUCGAGAUGUUCGAUGGUGGCUGAAGAUCAUCUCGCUGAUUGGCAUGGUCACUCUCGGGAUUUACUCAUCCGUCCUGUCCGUGAAUCAACACCAGUUACGUCGAGACGCCAUAUUUGUACUUCUGGUGGCGUCAGUUGCUCUGCACGUUUAUCCAAGUUCUUAUACAAUCGUUUGA